AUGGUAGUACGAAUCAUGCUCAUGGUACCCAUAUACGCCAUCUCGUCCCUGAUAUCGCUGUUUUCUCUUGGAGCGGCGUUUGUGAUCGAUGCUAUCCGUGACAUAUACGAGGCAUUCGUGAUCUACUGUUUCUUCCAACUACUCGUCGCUUACCUCGGAGGAGAGCGUUCAUUACUCAUCAUGGUACAUGGGCGGCCACCGAAGGAGCCGCCAUUUCCGGCGAGCCUCUUUCAGCGUGAACUUGAUAUCAGUGAUCCAUAUACGUUCCUGUUUCUGAAGCGAGGUAUUCUUCAAUACGUGCAAGUAAAGCCUAUAUUAGCCAUGGCUACUUUGCUGCUCAAGUCGCUUGGGAAGUACAACGAAGGUGACCUACGUGCCGCCUCUGGAUAUCUGUAUGUUAGCAUAGUGUAUAACGUCUCCAUUUGCCUGGCACUAUACUGCCUCGCCAUGUUCUGGCUGUGCGUCUCAGACGAUCUUCGCCCAUUUCGACCUAUGCCCAAAUUCCUGUGCGUGAAAGGCGUCCUCUUCUUCUCUUUCUGGCAAACCAUCGGCAUCUCCAUCCUUGUCGCCGGCGGUGUUAUUACCAAACUAGGGCCCUACACCGACCGGGAACACAUCUCCCUCGGGCUUUCUGAUACACUUAUCACCUUCGAGAUGCCUUUGUUCGCGUUUGCGCACAUGUACGCGUUCUCGUACCACGAUUACAUCGACCCCUACGCGGCCUACGUCGGCCGCAUGCCCGUGUGGUACGCGUUCCGCGACGCGUUCGGGUUGAAGGACGUCGUCGAGGACACCAAGCGGACGCUCCGUGGAGAAGGCGUUGACUACAGGGAGUUCGAGCCGAGUGAGGGCGGGAUCCACCAGGGCCUGGGGAGGGACCGGCGGAUCAGAGCCGGACUCAGGUAUGCAGAGGGUGGCAGGAAGAAGUAUUGGCUGCCGAGGCUGGCUGAGGAGGACCACGUCGACACUGGCAGAGUGGAGAAUGCGGCACGCAGGGUGGUGGAGCGGGUCGCGGGUGGACGCGCAGGGGAUACGCUGCGAGGCGCGGAGGAGGAGGAUUAUGCACCGUUGCUUGAAGAAGAGGCUGCGAACGUGGUGCAUUAUGCGCCAGACCUACGAGCCCGGAUGGACCGCGGACAGAUCGAGCCGUUCAUCUCCACGCGGCACCAGCAGGACGAAGACGGAGAUGGAUUCGAUCUCCCGUUCGGUGAGUUGGACGAUGAAGACGAGCAGCUGUUCGAUAUGAGCCGGCGUUAUCUGUUCGGGGACUACAAUUACCCGUGUAUCGACGUCAGUUCUGAGACAGCGAAACUGAAGAUGUGGGACGAAGAAGAGAGGAUAUUGAGGGAUGAGCGUGGUGCAUACUUCGCCAGGGUGCGACCCCAUGGUAAAGGGGGCUAUGGCGCAGUGGGCAGCUCCUAUCCGGUGAUAGCGGGUGGGCCGGACAAGGAGCCCAGAAGUGGACCCGACGACUGGCCAGAAGUUCCAGAUGAACGGAGAAGGCUCGUGGAUUUCGAUGACAACAGAAUUCAGGAGCUGGAUGCGGGCGAUGUGAAGCUACGCUGGACGAAGGCAAGGACAAAGCCCAGUCGAACAUCUCAGCCUUCGUCAUCCUCGUCUUCUCCGCGAGUGCGAUCGCCCCCAAUGAAGCAGGUACCUUCGACAGGCUCCUCUGCAUCCUCCGCUGCUGGCAAGUCUAAGCGACCGUCCGUGGACGCGCGAUCCCCACCGACGCCCGACAGCAGGCGACCUGUGCUACCGCCGGAUGCCGUGGAUCUCGUAGUUGAGGACCAGCAGGCGGCACAAGAGGAGAACACAUGGGAGCGUCGCAAGGGAGAGCCGGCGAAGCGCGGCUUAAAGAAGGUAUAUCGGAGAGGGUACGUCGUGGACGAUGAAUCACACGGGGAGAGGGAGGUAGGUGAGGUGGAGGUGGAGCGGGAAAGGGAAGGAGAUGAAGGUGAGAUAUUCAAGGUUGCCGACGAGGACGAGGACGAGGUGGAAGAGGUCGUGGAGAGGGAGGCCGAGCCGAUUAUUACGAGCACGGCCAUUGAACCUCCCGUACAUGCGAGGCUGGGUGUGUUGCCUAAGGAGGAUAAUCCGUGGGCAUAA